CGAGAAAUACGAAGCAGUUAUGGUUCUCAGUGGAGUGGGGAUGCUCUAGGUUAUAAGAAUGGUUUGUGGGAAUUCUGUUACAGUGGUACUCAAAUUCAUGAAGAACUAGAAAAACUCGGAGGACUUGAUAAAAUUGACAUUAAAGGAUGGAGGGUUAGUGACGACACUGUACUACACAUUGCUACAGCAGAAGCGUUGGUUUCUGAAUGGACAACAACGGAAGAGUUAUUGAGCAUUAUGGCUACAAAGUACAAGAAGACAUGUGCUGAGGAUAUGUGGGAAAGAGCUCCUGGGCAGACCACAACAAAGGCAUGUUUCAUGUUACGACCUCUUGAGGAAAAAGGUUACAUUAUACCAUUUAAUGAACGAGGUGGAGGAUGUGGUGCAGCUAUGAGAUCCAUGUGUAUAGGUUUGAUGUUUCCUUGUGAAGAUCAAAUUGAAAUGUUAAUUGAAAUUGCUGUUGAAAGUGGAAGGAUGACUCAUAAUCACCCCACAGGUUAUCUUGGGGCUGUUACUGCAGCUUUAUUUACAGCCUAUGCUCUACAGAAGAUGACUCCAAAAAAAUGGGGAGCAGGACUUUUAAGUGUUUUACCCAAAGUUUGGGAAUACAUUGAGAAGGUUGGUCGUGAUGUUAGAAGAAAACAAGAAAGAAAGCUUGGGGCUACUUUAAAAAUAGUUGGGAGUCAUAUCUUGAACUACGGGGAUUAAGAAUGGAACCAGUGA